GGCCCCUGAAAUGCUUUGUAGGAUCUGAUGCUGGGUACGAUUUCGACCUAAAUCUCUUCUGCUCGUUCUCCUGAGCCUCAGAUUGAUAUCGAAAUCGGAUAUACGUCGUCGGUUGAAACUGUAGAGGUUAUUUCAGUAAAUGUUGGAAUUGAUACCAAAUGCAUGAAAGGGAAUGCGUUGCUGUCGACGAUUCGCCAUCCAAGAGUUAAUUUCGAAGGUUUCGACAGCCUUGGAGUUGGUUAUAAGGAGGGAACAAUUUCUAGACUGGAGCAGUACCUGGAAAGAAGAUGUAAAGACUUGGUGCCUUGCUCCUGGAUUCCGGACAUCUCCGAAGAAAGCCAAGUUCUUGAUUGUUACUUACUUUCAUUAACAUUAAUUGGAGGAAAGACUCGUUAAAUAAACCAAUAGCCUGACAUUGGUGGAAACUGGCUUAGUUCGGAAUCUCCGAACAAACAGCCAAGAGUACAGCUACCAUCCGAAUGGUUUAUUCCAGGACAGAUCGCAUCCUGGAGACAAGAUGGCCAUCGAGAGGCAGAUAACCCUGUUGAUAGGUUGCUUGGAGACACUAUUUUACGGAGGUACCAUAUUCGGAUGGCCAUCACUUGUAUUUAUACUGAAGGAUAUCGGCUACUACGGAGGAGACUGUCUCCAGAGCACUGAUGACGUCAACGCUUCUGCUACAUCUUCCGCCCCGCCUUGUUCUUCAUGUGGGGAUCAGAGAUCGAUUGAUGCUGAUGUACCCUCUUCCACAAACAUUUCCUCGGUCUUAUCUUGUCAUUCCCAAGACGCCAGUCUUCAGUUGGUUUAUUCUGUCGCCAUUUCCAUUCAACUCUUCUCCUUCUUUCCGAUGGGUGUCCUCUUCGAUGUAUUUGGGACCAGGGUUACUCGAGUCUUAUUUAGUGUACUACUUCUCGCGGGUAACCUGUUCAUCGGAUUCAGUUCCCCGGAACUACCGGGUCUUCUGUAUCCAGGAGCUAUCUUCAUGGUGACCGGUGGCACAGCAGUUAUCAUCUGUAACAUGGAGAUUGGAAAAUUGUUUCCCUCUCACAAGUCGAUAGUCAUCACUGCUCUACAGGGUUUAUACGGAUCCGCACAAGUCGUCUUCCUUAUAAUAAAGGUAGCAUACGAAGCUGGGUUCUCCAUGCCGACAAUUCUCUUCAUCUCAGCCGGUUGCACUCUUCUCCUAAACAUCAACACAUUCAUCCUCCUGCCUGCCAAUCACAUUCCUUGGCCACUCCCACCGGACUACAGGCUUAUCAGAUGCUGUGGGAAGCGGCCCGAGGCCCCGCCCACUUCUACUCCUGCUUUCUAUAACAAGGCGUAUGUGGUUGACGGUGAGAAAGCUGAAGAGUGGCCUAUAUCUAAAAUUAAAGGAAAUGUACAUGAGAAUAAAGUCGUUGAGAUUAAACCGACGUCAGAGAACAGAAGUGGCAGUUCACUUAGAAGGGCGCCCUCACCCCCGUCGCCAACCCAAUAUCUUCCACAGUACACGUCAUUCAGAUCCUGCAUAUUCUCUCUUCCGUUUUGGGCCAUACUCAUGUGGCAGGCUAUUCUGGAACUGGAUGUCAUUUUCACCCUUGGAGUGUUGAAUUAUUUCUUGACCAGACUAGCAAAUGGAGACACAGAUAUCGUGAGUUCAUAUACAAAUGUUUUCAUCAUUACGCAGCUGACUGCUGUUGUGCUAGGUCCAGUUGGUGGUCUUGUCGUUGAAAGGAAUAAGACAGGUCCAUGUAAAAAUGGACUCAAAACAAGGAACUAUUACGAUGAUAUCCUGGAUUGCUGCCUUCCACUCGCAUUACCGAGCCUCCUAUCUGCGGCCUACUCGGGAAUAUUCCUUAUCCCUAAUAUAGAAGUGCAGUACCUGGCCUUUAUGCUCAUCACCUUCUUUCGUGUGUUCUUCUUCGGUACCGGACCAGUCAUUGUUUCUGCCAUAUUUCCGCAGAAGUAUUUCGGUCGUAUAUACGGUGUCAUCCGGACUAUAACGGGUUUAGUAACCCUGCUUCAGUAUCCCAUCUUUAUUCUCAUACAAGAGUAUCUAGAUGAUGAUCCCUUCUACGUCAUGAUUGGUUUUGCCGCGGCUGAUCUUCUGACGUUAUUCUUGCCAUUGUUCCUCUACUUAUCAGCCAAGAGAAAUCUGAGAAGGUUUAUUAACAACCAUGACAACAGCAACCGUAGCAACAACAGAAAAUAACAACCACUUAUGGCAAUAGAAUCAGUAAAUACAUAGGGAUAGAAAAAAGAAUGACUGAUCGAAAUAAUGAAUGGAUAUUAUAAUAAGAGCAAAACCAUAUCAAUAUUUAGUUAGUUAAAAGAGCUCUUACUUGUUAGCCUCAAUAAGCAACAAAGGGUAGUUUUACAUAUGUAGAUUAUAAUUAUUUUUACAAGAGCAUACUAAAUUGCUUUAUUACAGUUAACCAUACGCAUGAGGAUUUGCUGAUAUUGUACACUAAAUGCUGCCAGUUUAAAAUACAUGUGCUGAAUAUUGCCGUUUUAAAACAAAACAAGGAAAGCUGAGACCCUUAUAAUUUAGUAGGCUGUACAAUAUUUGUCAACGAUUUUAUUGUAAUUCAUACAAUUCCAAUAAAUUUACCAUGCUGGACAGAACACAGUGUCACAUAGUGUGAUCACAGUGUGUUCACAUAUUAUCCACACUGUUAAAAUACUCAAAUUCAUUAGUGUGAAGACAUUUUCACACUGUGAACACCUCGACAGUGUGUAACUGAUCACAGCGUGUUCACAUGGUCGACUAUGUGAAAAUAUUAUUCACUCUGUUAAAAUUCUCAAAUUCAACAGUGAGAAGAUAUUUUCACACUGUGGACACCUGGACAGUGUGACCGUUCACAGCGUGUUCACAUUGUCGACUAUAUGUGAAUAUGUUAUUCUCAUUGUUAAAAUGCACACUGUGGACACCUGGACAGUGUGACUGUUCACAGCGUGUUCACAUGGUCGACUAGGUGAAAAUAUUAUUCACUCUGUUAAAAUGCUCAAAUUCACCAGUGUGAAUAUAUUUUCACACUGUGGACACCUCGAUAGUGUAAAUGUUCACAGUGUGUUCACAUGGUCGACUAGGUGAAAAUAUUAUUCACUCUGUUAAAAUGCUCAAAUUCACCAGUGUGAAUAUAUUUUCACACUGUGGACACCUCGAUAGUGUAAAUGUUCACAGUGUGUUCACAUGGUCGACUAUGUGAAAAUAUUAUUCACUCUGUUAAAAUGCUCAAAUUCACCAGUGUGAAUAUAUUUUCACACUGUGGACACCUCGAUAGUGUAAAUGUUCACAGUGUGUUCACAUGGUCGACUAUGUGAAAAUAUUAUUCAUUCUCUUAAAGUGCUUAAAUUCAACAGUGUGAAUAUAUUUUCACAUUGUGGACACCUGGACAGUGUGACUGUUCACAGUGUGUUCACAUGGUCAACUAUGUGAAAAUAUUAUUCACACUGUUAAAAUGCUAAAAUUCACCAGUGUGAAGGGGAUUUACCGUUGUGUUCUACACUGUGAA